UCUCUCUCUCUCCCUGUAAAUCGUAGAGAAGAAGAGAUCAGUGUAGAAGCUCUCAGGAACUGUUGAUUUCUUCUUGGCUAAUCGGCCUCUUCAAGGUCGUUGAUCUCACAGAGGGUUUUGGUAAUGGCGACGACGGCUUGUUUUAUCAUCGUCAGCAGGAAUGACAUUCCCAUUUAUGAAGCUGAAGUUGGAUCUGCUCCUAAAAGAGAAGAUGCUGCUCAGCUGCAUCAGUUUGUAUUACAUGCUGCUCUCGAUAUUGUUCAGGAUCUUGCAUGGACUACAAGUGCCAUGUUCUUGAAGGCAAUAGACCGGUUCAACGAUCUGGUUGUUUCAGUAUACGUUACGGCUGGUCAUACAAGAUUUAUGCUACUUCACGAUUCCCGGAAUGAUGAUGGCAUUAAAAGCUUUUUCCAAGAGGUUCAUGAACUCUAUAUAAAGAUUCUUCUUAACCCCCUUUACUUGCCUGGUUCCCGCAUUACGUCAUCACAUUUCGAUACCAAAGUUCGUGCUCUGGCAAGAAAAUAUCUGUAAAAGAGCCAUUUUGUCUCCAGGCAAGUUAGCUCGUCAUUCUUCAAUAUGAGGUGCGGACUUCACCUAGCUUCGUUUCCAGCAUGCACAUCUUCUCAUCCUUUCCUAGUUUCAGGAAAUUGUAAUGCUUUUUGCUUAUAGUCCAAGAUUUCUAGGCUGUGUUUCUAAUCAUAUGGCUCCUGAUAAAGGGCAACAAAAAAGUUUUCUAGCAAGCGCAUGGUGUAUUUAUUUCACCGAUUAAUCUUGAAGUAGCAAGUCCAUUGAAAA